UGUGUGUGUGUGUGUGUGUGUGUGACUUGUGUGUGUGUGUGACUGUUUGUAGGUUAGUGAAAGAUUGCUGUGGCCAUAGAUAAGAGGAUUAGAGUGGAAUUAGUGUCAUUCCUCCAUCGCCGCGAGGAAUAGAUUCAUAUCGAUUUUAAUCAGAGAUAGGACAAAAAAAGCUGCAGAUAAAACAGACAGAGACAGACGGCGAGAGAGCGAGGAGAGGAGAGGAGAGGAGUGAAUGACGCUGGAGGGGAAAGAUUCCUGGAGAUCAUCGCAGCCGGGAUGUUCAGCUGGAGGAGCUGCACCAACACCUGCUGCAGAGAUACAUGCAUGUAGCAACGUGUACAUACAUGCAUUUAAGAGAAAACCUCAAGAGAUGAUCUCUAGUUGAGGAAACUUCCAGCCUGCCGUGGGAUGUCUGACCAAAACCACCAGCGUUAGUCUGCAGGGCGGUGUGGACGGUGUGGACGGUGUGGACGGUGUGGACGGUGGAGCUGGUGGGGUGGCUGUGGCCGGCGAUGCUGGCUGGCGUCGUGUCAGUUGUGGCGGAGGAACUUUUAUGAAGCAUGAAGGUGGACGUGCUGACUUGUCUGGCUCUGGCCGCCGCCAGCCUCGUCGCCAGAGUGACCGGCGGUCGCAGCACUGGACGCAGGAAGCACAAGGAGGUCUUCCUCGGGGAGAACAGCAAGUUCAAGUUUGGAGGACGUAUUGACUACAAGCUGAAGAGGCAGGACAGCACCAAAACACUGCUGAUAAAGAGCGAGCAGCUGCUGAGGAUCGAGGAGCACGACUUCGCUAUGAGGCCAGGCUUCGGAGCCGCAGCCAUCCCGGUGGGCAUCGAUGUGCAGGUGGAGAGCAUCGACAGCAUCUCAGAGGUCAACAUGGACUUCACCAUGACUCUGUACCUGCGUCACUACUGGAAAGACGAGCGCCUGGCGUUUCCGUCCAGAACCAACCAGAGCAGGACGUUUGACUCCAGGCUGGUGAAGAAGAUCUGGGUUCCCGACGUCUUCUUCGUCCACUCCAAGCGCUCCUUCAUCCACGACACCACCAUGGAGAACAUCAUGCUGCGGGUUUACCCCGACGGAAACAUCCUGUACAGCGUCAGGGUGACGGUGACGGCUCUCUGCUCGAUGGACUUCAGCAGCUUCCCUCUGGACACACAGAACUGCUCACUGGAGCUGGAGAGCUACGCGUACAAUGAGAACGACCUGAUGCUUUACUGGAAGAAUGGGAACGACUCUCUGAGGACGGAUGAGAUCGUCUUGUCUCAGUUUUUCAUUGAGCAUUUCCACGCCUCCAGUGGCCUCGCUUUCUACAGCAGCACCGGUUGGUACAAUCGUCUUUUCAUUAACUUCAUCCUGCGGAGGCACAUCUUCUUCUUCAUGCUGCAGACGUACUUCCCCACCAUGCUGAUGGUCGUCAUAUCCUGGGUCUCCUUCUGGAUCGACCGGAGGGCCGUCCCUGCUCGCGUCUCUCUGGGUAUGACCACGGUGCUCACCAUGUCCACCAUCAUCACCGGAGUGUCCUCCUCCAUGCCUCAGGUAUCCUACGUGAAAGCGGUGGACAUCUACCUGUGGACCAGCUUCCUGUUUGUCUUCCUGUCUGUGAUUGAAUACGCGGCGGUGAACUACUGCACCACUCUGGAGGAAAUGAGGAAGAUGAAGAGGGGGAAGAUCCCGUCCACCUUCAACGCCAGCCAGGCGAUGGCCUUCGACGGCUGCUUCCACGACAACGACAUUGAGCUGACGCCGUUCUCCCGCUUGGCGCCCACCCUGACGUCGGACGGCCUCACCACGUCGACCCAGACGCCGGACGUCCAGCCCACGGAGGGGACCCGCCUCCGCCGGCAGCGGUCCGUGCGGGAGAACGUGGACCUGUUUGUGAGCAACAGCUACAUGAUCGACUCGUACUCGCGCCUGGCGUUCCCUCUGUCCUACCUGCUCUUUAACACCAUCUACUGGAGCCUGUACUCCUGAUCUCUGCUGCUCUGGAAACAGGCAGAGAGCAUGCUGGGAGAUUCCUCCUCCUCCUUCACUGAACUAACUCUUGAUCACAGGAGCUUCAUCACUGAUCAUCUUCUGUACAAGAGAGAGAUGAGUAGGAACUCUUAAUGUGUCUCAUGGGAGCCGGUUGAAUCUGAAAGAAAUCUGUUUUUUAAAAUAAUCUGAACAUUUUAUACUCAAAGCUCUGAUUUCUAAGGUUAAUUCACUCCUUAACUACAGGGAAAUACUAAAUUAGGAUCAAAUUUAUGUGAAAAUGUUGAUGAAUGAUGUGAGUGGAGCCAACCAGCUACUGUACAUGUACUUUAAUUUCUUUUCUCAUUAAAUUUUUAUCUUGUU